AUGGCCAAUGUUUCCAAAUUAGUCUAUAAACAUGCCAGUUUCAGAAAUGUAACCACCAUUACUGCAUUAGCAUGUGCUGGUCUAGCGGUAUCACGAUCAUCAAUGAUCGAUGAAUUUAUCAGACGUUAUUUACAUCGUUGGUUUGGACGCCAUCGUCGUUCUUCUCCAGAUACUGCCAACGAUGCAACCAUCGAUCAUCAUCUUAUACAUAAUUUGACAAAAUCCAUGGAUAAAAGGAAAUCGUCACCAGCUUUAAAUGCUGCCUUUAUGAAACAGUUAAAAUGGAUCAUUCAAAUUCUAAUUCCUAGUUGGAAAAGUCCUGAAUUUGCUUUACUUGCUAUUCAUUCAUUAGCCUUAAUAUGUCGUUCAUUUAUUUCCAUUUAUGUUGCUGGAUUAGAGGGUCGAGUUGUCCGAUGCAUUGUACAAAAACGAUUCCGUAUCUUCUUAAUCAAUAUAGCCAAAUGGUUAGCGGUUGCUAUACCGGCUACAUUUGUCAAUAGUUCUAUACGAUAUAUGGAAAAUAAACUGGGUCUUGCUUUUCGUGAUCGAUUAGUUCAUUAUUCCUAUAAUGCUUAUUUUCAAAAUCAAACUUAUUACCGUGUCAGUAACUUAGACAGUAGGCUAACUAAUGCCGACGAAUGCCUUACUGAAGAUAUACGUGAAUUUUGUUCAUCAAUUUCACAUUUGUAUUCUCAAUUGACUAAGCCUGUAUUGGAUGUUAUCCUCAUGACAUCGGCACUCUUUAGACUAGGCCUUCAACAGCGUGGCUACAGUUAUUUAGGCUUAAUUGCUCCACCAUCACUUGCUUAUACCGUCGUCUAUGUUACAGCUAGAAUUUUACGUCGAUGCUCGCCUAAAUUUGGUAAAUUAACCGCUCAAGAGGCUCAAUUACGUGGUAAUUUAAGAUAUGUCCAUUCUCGAUUAAUUACCAAUUCCGAAGAGAUAGCAUUUUAUUCCGGCCAUAAGGUCGAGCACAAUCUCCUUUAUCAAAGCUAUCGCGUCUUAGCCAACCAUUUGGAAAUGAUCUUUAAAAAGAGACUUUGGUAUGUGGUGCUGGAGCAAUUCCUCAUGAAAUAUUGUUGGAGUGCUACUGGGAUGGUCAUGAUUGCUUUGCCUGUCUUAUUAAAUCGAGAUGAAGAUGUUGAUUCUACUACGGAAUCCGGUGAAACUACUCUACCCAAAAUUGAUGUAGUCAGCGAAAGAACUCAAACCUUAACUACCGCUCGUCAUCUCCUUGCUUCGACAGCUGAUGCAUUUGAAAGGAUUAUGUCAUCGUUAAAAGAGAUAACGGAAUUAGCUGGGUAUACAUCUCGUGUUUAUGACAUGUUGAUGGUCUUUAAAGAUAUUAGUGACGGACAUUAUGUAAGGAAAACUGUCUCCAAAAACAAUAAUAUUAAUGAUGAUGAAGGGAUACAAACUGGAAGCCUUGAUAUUAAUAAAAGGGGCAACGUUACAGAAAGCCAAGAUUUUACGAUCCAGCUAAAUAAAGUGGCUGUAGUUACACCGAAUGGUGAUGUUAUCGUUCCCAAUUUAACAUUACAGAUUACAGAUGGCAUGCAUCUAUUAAUUACUGGCCCUAAUGGCUGCGGUAAAAGCUCAUUGUUUCGAAUUCUUAGCGGGCUUUGGCCAAUUUUUAAGGGUGAAAUGAAAAAACCUCCUGUAUCAUCGUUAUUCUAUAUUCCACAAAGACCAUAUAUGUCAUUGGGUACUCUACGAGAUCAAAUCAUUUAUCCUGAUACGAAGGCUGAUAUGGAAUCAAAGGGGAUAUCUGACGCCGAUUUAGAGGAUAUUUUAGACAUUGUUUGCUUAAAUUAUGUAGUCCAACGGGAAGGAGGAUGGGAUGCGAUAAAUGAUUGGUCGGAUGUGCUAUCAGGUGGUGAAAAGCAAAGAGUAGGCACUGCUCGUUUAUUUUAUCAUAAGCCAAAGUUUGCUCUUUUAGACGAAUGUACGAGUGCAGUUAGCAUUGACGUUGAAGGUAAAAUCUAUCAAGUUGCUAAAGAUAAAGGAAUCAUUCUUCUGUCCAUUUCUCAUCGGCCUUCAUUAUGGAAAUAUCAUACGCAUGUACUACAGUUCGAUGGUGAAGGAGGCUGGCGUUUAGAAGAAUUAAACACGGAAGCAAGAUUAUCACUUAAAGAUGAAAAGGAAAAGUUAGAAUCGCAAUUAGCUGGUGUUCCAUUAAUGCAAAAACGCUUAUUAGAACUAUGUUCUCUUCUUGGUGAAGAUUCAGUUCUAACAAAAGCUGAAGACAACUAUCGUUAUGAAUAA